AUGAACGGCCAGGAAGGUCCCUUUUAUAGGGCUAGAGACCGCGUAUCUGACCGCGACGUGUAUAUACCGUCAACGCGUAUCGGUUCGCGGGCUCGAGAAACUGUUCGGUUGGCCAAUCGGAUCGAUGACUCUGUCGUCUGGACCUCCGCGAUUUCUUCGCUCUCUCGCCCGCCAUCGCGCAGGCAACCGAGUUGUUUGGAGGUGUGA